AUGUCUCUCCUAUCCCAUCCAAAAUUGCUGGGAAGAACAACAAAGUUGCUGCUAUCGAGACAUUUACCACGUAAGACAGUUAACAAAUUACUGUGUCGUACUUACUCCAUUAAUGAAUCAAAAUCAUUGCGUAGUGGAAGAUCAUCCUCAUAUAGAAGAGAUGUCAGUUUGACCAUACUGGGUGGUGGCAUCCUUCUGCUUUCAUAUUCUUAUUUGACCCUCAAGACAGAACCACUUUAUUUGGAUUCAAUUAACGCUAUUAGGGAUUUUUCCACGGGAAUGAUAAAUAAAGCAGAGGAAGAUAAGAACAAGACCAUAUUGAUUCUGGAUGAGAAUGAAAUCGAUUCAAAAUUACGUAAUUGUCAGGAAAGUCACUUCAUUAAUCGUGGGAAGGGUAUAUUCCGUUAUGAUGUAUCUCAAUUACCUUCUAAUCAUCCCAUUGAAGAUAAUCAUAUGGAACAAAUUAUAACAAUACCUCAUUCACAAGAACAAAAUUUAGUCGAAGAUUUAGCAGAAGAGGAUGAUUUGUAUUUUUUCGGGGUAUUCGAUGGCCAUAGUGGUGCCUUCACAUCUUCCAAAUUAAGAACUGAUUUAGUCAAAUAUGUGGCUAACCAAUUGGGAAAAGUAUACGCCAAUGAAACAGAUCUAUUUGCAUCUCCUACAGGUGAGUCCUUCGAUGAAGCUAUUAAGACAGGGUUUUUAACUUUGGAUAACGAUAUCAUUCAUGAGUCAUUUAGAAAAUUAUUUAAGGAUCCAACCAAUGAAAAUAUGAUUGGUACUUUACCAGCCAUAUCAGGUUCAUGUGCACUCUUAACUGUGUACAACUCUUUGAACUCAACUUUGAAAGUGGCUGUUACUGGUGAUUCCAGAGCUUUAAUUGGUGGGUUGGAUAAAGAUGGUAAAUGGGUAGUGGAAUCAUUAUCCGUUGAUCAAACAGGUGAUAAUAUUCAUGAAGUGGAGAGAAUAAGAAACGAACAUCCUAAUGAACCAAACGUGAUUCGUAAUGGAAGAAUUUUAGGUUGCUUACAACCAUCGAGAGCAUUCGGAGAUUAUCGUUAUAAAUUGAACAAAGUGGAUGGCAAGGCAUUAUCUGAAUUACCAGAUCAUGUCAAGAUAUAUUUUAGAAAGGAACCAAGAGAUUUUAAGACUCCUCCAUACGUGACAGCAGAACCUGUAAUAACUACUACCAAGAUUACACCUAACACGAAGUUUAUGGUACUAGGGUCUGAUGGGUUAUUUGAAUUGUUAAAUAACGAACAGAUUGCCGCUCUCGUAAUUAGGUGGAUGGAAAAGAAUAUGGAUCCAAAAUUGACUGAAAGUAAUAUAAAAACUCCCACGGGUAAACUGCCUGAAGUAAAGGAUUUAUCAACUGAUUUGGAAUCCCAAAGACCGCCAUUUAGAUAUAUGAGCCAGGAUAAGAAAAGAAAUUAUGCAAAGGAUCCCGAAUAUUUCAUUGAAGAUAGUAACGUUGCAACUCAUUUAAUAAGAAAUGCUUUGAGCUCUGCUGGUAGUAAGGAAUAUGUCUCUACUCUAGUUAGUAUACCUUCACCUAUGAGUAGAAGGUAUAGAGACGAUUUGACCGUUACUGUAGCAUUUUUUGGCGACUCUGGGAACGACGUUGAUGGUUCUUUGGUCACAAAUAUUGAAGCGACUACAGCUCCUAAACCAAAAUUGUAA